AUGUCCGUUGAUCGAUACUACUGUACAUGUUCUAGGAGCCGCAGGACCCACGUUUUGAACUCUCUAAAGUUUACUUUUGCAUGCGCUGCAGGUGCCAUUCCCCUUGAAAUAGGGAACCUUGGUGCCCUGGAAACGCUCGACCUGGGGUUCAAUGAUCUAACAGGCACCAUCCCGGCGGAGCUGGGCAAGCUUGAAGCACUGAAGACGCUCGACCUUGAACACAAGCUAAUCCGGCCGAUCCCGCCUGAGCUAGGAAGUCUGAGCAACUUGCAGAAGCUUGAGCUCAGUGGCUUUUUUCUUGUUGGCGGCGGAUUAACCGGGCCUAUCCCGCAGGAGCUGGGCAAGCUAACAGCGCUGAUGGAGCUCACACUAGGGUACAACAAGCUAUCCGGCCACAUCCCGCGGCAGCUAGGAGAUCUUGGCGCCCUCGAGACCCUCAACCUCGGAUACAACAAGCUAGAGGGUGAGUUGAGUAGAUAA